AUGUACAAGCUCGUCCUCGCCCUCAUCGUCCUCUCAUGCGUCUACACCGCCAACGCCUCCACCUGUGCCUCCACCGGUUGCCCAUCCAACCAGGCCUGUUACGGAGCCGCCGGCAGCCAGCCAUCAUGCUACACCUACGGUAACUGUGGUAUCGUCCCAUGCCCAUCCGGUCAGUCAUGCCUCGUCAUCAACGGUCAUGCCACCUGCGUCAACCCAACCACCUGCCCAACCUGCCCAUCCAACUCUGCUUGCUACUUCUUCGCCGGUACCGCUUCCCCAUCAUGCUACACCUACACCAACUGUGGAAUCGUCCCAUGCCCAGCUGGUCAGUCAUGCCUCACCACCCCAACCGGAGGUCGUCAGUGCGUCAACGCUCUCUAA